AUGGCGUUUACUGGAGGAAGAGGCGGUGAAGUUAUGUAUGAUCAAAGAUUGUUUAACCAGGAGAAAGGAAUGGGUUCAGGUUUUGAAACUGAUGACCAAUACAACGUGUAUGACAAAGGCUUGUUUGCUGCACAAGCUACUCUUUCGACUCUGUACCGACCAAAGAAGGAUAUGGAUCAUGAAACCUAUGGAGAUGGAGACGAACAGCUCAAGAACACUAGGAAGUUCAAACCAGACAAAGCUUUCACGGGUGAUUCAGAGAGGGUGAGAAAGAGAGACAGACCUGUUGAGUUUGAGAAGGAAAGUGAGGAAGAAGAUGUCUUCGGUCUCAACUGGAUGUUAGAUUUGGAGAAGAGUAAGAAAGCAGCUGAAGUCUAA